AUGUUGAUAGCAACGAAUGCCGGAGACAUCUUGGGCACCAAUCGCAGUGGGUUUGACCUCGUGAGGUUGCAUCACAUUAGGCAAAUGCGUAUUGACAAGGGCGGACAGAGGCAAGGGCGGACAGAGCAAGUACCCACAGGGCAAGGGCGGGAAGAGGCAAGGGGCGGGCAGAGGCAAAGGGCGGACAGAGGCAAGUACCCACAGGGCAAGGGCGGGAAGAGGCAAGGGGCGGACAGAGGCAAGGGCGGACAGAGCAAGUACCCACAGGGCAAGGGCGGGAAGAGGCAAGGGGCGGACAGAGGCAAGGGCGGACAGAGGCAAGGGCGGACAGAGGCAAGGGCGGACAGAGGCAAGGGCGGACAGAGGCAAAGGGCGGACAGUGGCAAGGGCGGACAGAGGCAAGGGCAGACAGUGGCAAGGGCGGACAGAGGCAAGGGCGGACAGAGCAAGUACCCACAGGGCAAGGGCGGGAAGAGGCAAGGGGCGGACAGAGGCAAGGGCGGACAGAGCAAGUACCCACAGGGCAAGGGCGGGAAGAGGCAAGGGGCGGACAGAGGCAAGGGCGGACAGAGGCAAGGGCGGACAGAGGCAAGGGCGGACAGAGGCAAGGGCGGACAGAGGCAAGGGCGGAUAGAGGCAAGGGUCAGCGAGGACCACCUGCAUCGCAGCUUGAAAGAGCUGCACCUUCUGCUCGGCCGUCAUUCCAUGGACAGGCAUUGGGAGUAG